AACACUCACAACUUGUCCGCAACUCCAAGUCUCUUGAUCACUUCACCCAUCCACCACCACCAUCAACACACCCCCCUUCCCCUGACGCCCAUUUCACGACCCCCUUUACGAUCUAACGAGCGCACGACAAAGCACGACAUUUCCCCUCCCCCCGCCUUGCCAUCAUGACAGACACAAUCGGCACCCAAGAGAAGCCUGCAGCACUGACCGCUUUCCUUUCCCCCACUUCGCGUUUCCUCAGUCGCAAAAAGGAUGAUGCCGAUGCAUCCACUUCGAGCGCGAGCGCAGCGGCACAAGUCUCUGCAAAGGCCGCAGCAGCAGCAGCUGCGGAGCUCACGCCGGUCGAGAUAGCUACCAAGAUCGCAUCUCUGCUGCGACCCGGUCCUCCAUUCUACACCACCGUUUCCAGCGCCGACCUGCUGGACUGGCUUGGAGAUGCGAGCAUCAUGAAUUGCGCCGCUGCCAAUGCCCAUGCCAAGGUGAUUGUCGAUGCUCAACAAGCUCAAAAUGCUGCCGCUCAACAAGGUGCGCCCAAACCGUGGACUGGAGUCGGCACUGUUUGGAGCGCUCUCAACUCUCUGCCCGCUGGUGCGCGCAGUCAGGUCAUCCCUGGCGACAACAUCAAUACUGUCGAUGCUCUCAGCAGUGGCAAGAAGGGUGAUGAUGACGACGACGACGACGAUGGAUUGUGGUCAGGUUUGACUUUGAGCGUCGACAUCAGCGGCAAAGACGUGCAGCUGGAACGUUCGGCCGUUUUGCCCAGUCACUUGCUCGCUCAGCACCACUACUGGGAAGGCAAUCCGCAAGCGCUGUACAGCGAUAUCCGAGUAGGUCACAAGGACGCGUCUUACCGCUGGGACGAUUUUGCAGCGUACAAUUCCGCCUCGAAGCAGGGGCUGGGCAGGGCACUGGCGCUGUACACUCCCAGCUCCAUCUACGCUUGGGAUCCAUCUCAGCAAUUGUGGACAUGGCCGAGCUGGGUGCCUUUCUUGGGCGAAAAGAAGGACAAGCAAGCUGAUCCUGGUGGCGACGAAAAGCCCGCUCCCGCUCCCGCUCCCUCGCCUUCGAAAGGAAGCAAACGCGUUUGGGUCCCUUCUGCUACGCGCUUCUCCUGUCAUGCUAGUUGGUGGGGCUUCCAACUCUACCUUCCCCCUCCGGUCAUGACGACGCUAGCAGGCGACGCGGACAAGGCGGAGAAGAUUGCCAAUACGCUGCACACGAUGUUGUCGGCCAUUCUGGACAAGGCCUCUUCGCUGCCCCUACCGCUCGAACUGAAGGCCGUGCUGACCAUCUUGAAAGCCUUGGCGCCCGUCACGGGAUACAUUGCCACAUUUAUCGCUUGGAGUUGGUCGACGAUAGAAUCGACGGAUGAGGGCAAGGGCGUCAUUUUGAGCGCUACUUGGGUCUUGCCCGUCGCUCUUCUUCCUAGAGCUUGGGACGCUCCUAUCGCCCCGCCAGAUCAGAAUGGCGAUGGCGAGCCCGACGGCCCACCUGCGUCCGCGCCCGCCCCUGCGCCUGCGCCUGCACCAGCACCAGCACCAGCAGAUCCGGCGCCUGUCCCCGCUCCUGCUCCUGCUCCUGCUCCGACGCAGCCAGAAGCACCACCAGCCGAAUCAGCACCAGCGCCUGCACCCGCUCCUCAGCCUACCGGGCCCACGCCUCAAGAACCCGAAAGCUCGGCCCCCGAGACGCCCGCACCUGCUCCUGCUGCUCCUGCUGCUGCUGCUGCACCCAGCACGCAUUCGCCCUGAAGUUGCCGCGUCGUCGUCGAGUGCAGAGCAAAUGCGAUCGAGAAAGUAGAUUACUGCGGUCAGGAUGUGUGGGCAAAGGUGUUGAGGGAACUACUCUUGACUUGAUUGCAGCUUUCGAUCGAGCAAUGGCUCAAGUCAAGGGACAAUCAGGAAUCCCUUGGGGGGGCGGGCAGAAAUAUCGUUGCGCAAAUUCCUUCGCCGCACCCCUGUGAAGUCGUGUAUUCGCAUCGGCAUGUAUAUCUGCAUUGCGCCCCCCCCCCAACUUUUUGACUGAUUGUCUUAUUUUCCCGAGUCUUGGUGCG